CCCCCAGGUACCACGGGCCCGGUGUUCGCUUCACCGGGUGGAGAGCUUUGGUCAAUCUGAGCCCCCAGUGACGGUGGACUGAUCCCUAUGUCGCCUGAAGAACGAAUGAAUCCAGCAAAGAUGUGAUGCCGCCGAGACAUUUUUUGCUUCCCAAGCUUCCUCCGUUCUCAAGUUCUCUAUAACAACCGAGGAAAGAAAAGGAGGCCGCCGACCACAAAAAGAGAGAUGAGCCACAGUCCGGCCCUCUUGGCAGGAACCUAACAGUGGCCCAUCUUUGAACCAGCGCUCUCCCGAGCAACAUGGCGAAGCGACAAAAAAAAUACGUCUACCACGUAGGUUCUGUCAACUGUUUGGGCCUUUGAGGCAAAAAAGAACAACUUUGGGGUGACAUCUUCCCAUCCCAACUUUGGUCAUAGCUUCUCCACGUUUUUGUGUGGCCGUGCUCGCAAAGGUCAGAUCGGGUAGACGAAGAGGCAGUUUUUUUGGCCUUUGGCCAUGCAGCCGCUGGGGCUGGCCUGAUCUGCCCUGAACUCAACUCUCAACCGUGAUGGUUAUUGGAUAAUGGAUGCAUCUCAUCAUCAUUGGGGCAACCAUGGCAGCCAUCCUGUGUCGAGGGACUGUCAUUGUGGCACCCACACCCGGAACAUUCCAGUCCUUCUGCAUAUCCGGAGCCGGUGACAACCCUGCGAUCAGAAACUACUCCGUACAAAACAGCCCGGCAGGCAGAGGACUUUGCAGAGUGCCCAUCCUCCGUCAGGUACCUAUCGCGAGUGUGCUGUCACCUGUGGUAAGAUACAGACAGAUAAAUACCGUCCUCGGGAUGCGCCCACCCUUGGGCUGAUGAUGGGCUCGGAUGAGCCAAAGAAGACUUGGCUCAUCGAGGAUUCGAGAGGAGGCCGAGGAGAAGGACUCUCAACUGAGGGCCGAGGACUGCACUGCCUCUCUUGGUCGUCUCACACUCCGUCGUUUUCCACCUCUUCCGAUUUGUCUCCCACAAUUCUUUCAGUGAACACAGGCCUACACAGUACUCAAGAAACAGAUACAUAGCAGGGGGGCGGGGGAUGGGGAGACUGCCAAGAAAUUAAACUGACAUCAUCUCAAAUCACACGGGAACACACACACACUCUCUCUCUCUCUCACUCACGUCUCCUGCCACAGAAGGAGAAGAAAAUACAGGGCUUCCCCAAGUGAACCAGCC